AUGCCAUUGACAGAUGCCAGUCGUGAAUCUUUCAUGUUCAUCAAAUGCACUGCAAGAACCACCGUGGCCAAAAUCAGAGAAGCCUUUCUUUCCAGGGAAGAAGCACCUUCUAACAUCCUGUUACAUCUGGGUUCUGGCAUUCCUUCCGAGACUACCAAAGUCGCUGAGCUGGAUUUCUUUCGUGACAAAGUGAUUGUCUUUCACGCGCGCAGUCUUGACCCAGACGAUACGACCAGCAACACGAGAGACCGGUCGACGACCGACAGCAUGUUGAACGGCAUCCCGGACGGUACGUUCAGCAACACAAUGCACAGCCCGACGGACAGCACGAGGAGCAGCUCAACUCAUAACGGCAUUCCGAACGGCACGUCGGGCAACACAAUGGACAGCUCGUUGAAUGGCAUCCCGGAUGUUAUGUCGAACAAAUCUAUGUACAACCGGACCCAACUGCGCACCUCACUCUCUCUUUGGUCUUCCAACGACGGCUCUGGCGCAAAGAAGACAGAUCAGCAGAAAGACGCUGAGCAGCGACUCCUGACCCUUAAACUCAAGGAUCUCGAAAAAGCUCUGGAGAAAGAUGUGAGCGAUACCCUGACAGAAAUCAGAGAAACGAUGAACGAGAACAUCUUCGAGAACUAUGACACCGCCAUCAACGCUGCUGCCAAUGCUGCUCUGCCAACUUCCCAAGGCUGGGGCGCUCACAGGAGCCUGGGCGGUCUGUACUGGGCUACGUACAAGGCGGUCGUCCGUCGACAGGGCGUUUUCACUGGAAAGGGCGGCCUCUCCGACUUCAACGCGCAGCUCACCGAGCCAAUCUACAAACACCUGGCCAACGGCUGGGAGAAGGCCUUUCAGCGUCGCCUCCCGCAUGUUUUGAAGGCAUGCGCCAAAGUCUUCUCCAACGACCUGCGCGCUUUUCACAAAGCCAUUCAAGAUCAUUCGUUCUCUCACGGAGGCAACCCUCGUCUUAGUCUGCUCGCACAACAGCUUACCAAUUACGAAGCUGUAUUCAGCGAUCUUGGCAGCAAGAUGCUUGACCUGAUCAACGAGCGUCAGCGCGAGAUCAACCGCGAGUUUACUCCGAAUGUCUGCAAUGCCAUGCUCAUUGUAUACAACAUUUGCAGCAAUGAGGCAGGCCCUGGUCAGUUCAACAGGAUGAAAAUUCACAUGACUAAUCAUGUUGAGGCCCAGAAGGACACCAUGUUUCAGAGGGCUACCCAGGUCGUUCGCAACAUGAUCAUGGACCUGACCAAGGAUUUCGAGGAGCACAUGGCUAAUAGAACUGAUCAGGUCUUCGUUGGCAUGCGUAGGGACUACCUCCAGGUUUUGAGCAAUGUUCGCGUUGACGACAUCACAAUGCCCAAAUGGGAGCGCAGCCUGAGAAAUAAGGUUGAGGAUAUCAUUCAACAAAGCGAGGAGAACUUCGAGGCCAUUCUCGAUGGAAGAGAGGUUGCUGAUCCAAAGGAUGAGGCUUCCGCAGGAGCUGCAAAGGAAGGAGAUGACGGCACGGAUGUCGAGAAUGCCGAUCAAGAUAAGAGAAAGGCGAUCAAGGAAGACGCCAGUUCUUCUGAGGAAGACACACACAUGGAGGAUACUCAUGCUUGA